GUUGUUUGUAAACAACCGUUUGACAGGCCUCUACAGAUCGCGGCAGUAGGCGCGCUGAGAGUAAUUUGCUGAGCCAUACAAAAUCAAUCACCAUCUACAAAAUGGCCGACACGAUUGAGUCCGCAUUUGUGGCGAUCAGCCGGUUAGCAUCAGCCGGUUCGGAAGCGACGUACAAUCUCGAUCCCAUCCUCUUUCCCGACGGUGGGCUGCGGGCCGGCGAGCUGAUCGAAAUCAGUGGCGAAUCGAACAGUGGCAAGUCGCUGCUCUGUCUCGAGCUGAUUGCACGCAUCGUACUGCCCGCGAGCUGCGGUGGCCUGGAGCUCCGGGCCGUACUGAUCGACUGCGAAAACAGCUACAGUAAGGCGAUGCUGCUUAACAUCAUGGAAAAACACAUCCUCAACCAGGCGGAACCCACCCUAGCCCGUACGCUUGCCGAUGAUCCGGACCGGAUGGCGCACAUCCAGCAGGGCGCACUGGCACGGUUGCAUCUCGUUCUGUGCCAUUCGCUGGAACAGUUCGAACUGUCGCUGCUUGCGCUUCCGGCCCUGUUUAUCAAACACAACGAGCUAACGUUCGUACUGAUCGAUUCCGUGGCCACCUUCUACUGGACCAAGUGUACGGCCAAGAAUCUUAUCCGCCAGGACACGUACCAGCGUGCGCACUGCAAAACGCUGAGCAGGCUGGCGUGCAAAUGGAAAAAAGUGGUUCUACUCACGAAACCGACGUACUUCGGCAGCCGGCAGGGAUUGGGGCGCGAUUUCGAAACGAUCGGCGUUUCGCUGGAAGGGGUGGCGGCGACACAGCCGCCAACCGGUUCGUGGCCGGGUGGCAAUCUGAACUCGUCGCUAAGCACGCUGACCACCGCCACCGGUUUGAUUGAUCAUCGGGUUGAGCUUUGCGAAAUCGAUAGUCCAAGUCCUAGGGGAACGACCGAGGCGGCUGCUGCCGGCGAUUGCCAGCGGUUCAAUGCGUUCAUUACGAUGGGCGGCGACAGGCAACAGCAGCAGUACGUGCGGUUCUACCUAAUCGAUAAGUUCGGAUUUAGCUGGCUGGAAGCGUAGCUGGGCCGAGUGCCGAGCGAUAGAAGGUUCGCUUUUCGCUUUCCGUCUAUAUAAACGUUUUAUUAAACGACAAAAUUUCUUCUUGUA